UUAUUUUUUUUUGCCCCAAAUCGAGGUUAAAACAGUUUGGAUUUAAGGAAGGCAGAAGCAGCUGAGCCUGGAAACUAAACUUAAAUUAGCUGUCUUUCUCCCUCCUGUCUAAUCAUCAGCAUAGAUCAGUUCAGAAACUGGGCAAGUAUUUUUAGAAGCUGCUUUUAGAGCCCCAGUGUCACAAUUUUUAUUCUUGUCAUCGGUGCCGAGGCAACUCUUGAGCAACAUUUCUGCUUUAAAAAAAAAUAAUAAUGAGAGGGCAUUUAGGGAUGAUCAUAUAACUUUGGAGGGGGGGGGGGACACCCUGGCUGAGCGAGGAGUUAAAGCGGGUGUGAAGGUGUUUGAGCCGCAAGUUUUUGAGACCAACCACCCAAAAUGAAGCUCGUGGGUAGGGUUGUUGCUAUGUUGGCGCUUGGGUUGGGUGGGCAGCCUGCAGAGGUAUAUGGGAUACGAAGACCUAUAGCUGAUGCUUAUAAAUAUCAACUUGUUGCAAAAUGGAAGUGUUUAAAACACCGUUAAAAGCUGUGAUGGAGAUUGGGCUGUCGGGAGGCAGAGUGCUUCCUGCAAGCCCGUGGGGUGGUUUGGACCCUUGGUCCCAGCGCUGCGUUAGCAGCUUUUGGGGAAUAAAGUGCAACCAGGGUUGCCGGAGGCGAUGACGCCCGCGCUCAACUUUGGACCUGUUUGCAGUCCUGGGUGAGCGGGCGGCGUGCCCGCCGGUCUGGUGCAAUCUCUCGGCAGCGUGUUUGCUCCAUCAGCUGCUGCUAAAUGCCCCCGUUAUUAGUUUAUGGUGGUUGUGUCGAAAUUUUUUUAAAUUUUUUUUUUCUUGCCUGUAACCGGGGUGGGGAAGCGAGGAUCUUUGCGGUGUGAGCGCUUGUGCUCUCCCCAGACGGAGGAUGUUGGGAAUGAGUAAUGGUCCGGCCAGGGCUGUAAUAUGCAGAAUACCUCUGGGAUGACUCACCCGGUACAAUGCAGCACAUCCCUCAAGGAGACUGAAUCACACAUGGGGGGAAGCCGCUGGCUCGGCAGCAGCCAGCUGGGACACGGGGCAGCCAGCACCGAUCUGGAGGCUGGUGGUGGCAAUGAUGGUAAAACGGAGCAAUCGGGGUGUAAAAUGUAGAGGCGAUGGCAUCCCCCAGCAGUGACAGCUAUAUUGUGCGAGUCAAAGCUGUGGUUAUGACCCGAGAUGACUCCAGUGGGGGAUGGUUGCCGCAAGAAGGAGGUGGUCUCAGUAGAGUUGGCGUCUGCAAGGUCACGUACCCGGAGGGCAAUGGAAGAAGUGGAUUUCUAAUCCAUGGUGAAAGGCAGAAAGACAAACUGGUGGUGCUGGAGUGCUUUGUGAAGAAGGACCUGGUGUACACAAAGGCAAACCCUACCUUCCACCACUGGAAAGUCGACAACAGGAAGUUCGGGCUCACUUUUCAAAGCCCCGCUGACGCGCGAGCCUUCGACAGAGGAGUGCGGAAAGCCAUCGAGGACCUCAUUGAAGGAUCUACGACUUCCUCGUCAACGCUUCACAACGAGGCUGAGGUGGGCGAUGAUGAUGUCUUCACUAAUGCUACAGAUAGCUCCUCUAACUCCUCUCAAAAAAGGGAACAGCCUGUGCGAACUUUGGCUUCUCCUGCAUCCUGCGAACAUCGAAGAAUUUGCACUCGUGGACACCUUCACGACCAUUAUAGCUCUGACCACUACCAUCUAGAACAAUCAGUACCGCAAUCCUAUCGGCAUGUCAACUUUCCAGAUGAUGAUGAGGAGAUAGUGCGCAUCAACCCUCGGGAAAAGAUUUGGAUGACUGGAUACGAGGACUAUCGCCAUGCCCCAGCACGAGGAAAGAACUUUGAUCCUGAUGACACGGACUCCUACGUACGUUUUGCCAAAAGCGAGGCCUCAAAACACGAAUACACUUAUCCUUACGUAGACAACUCGGACUUUGACCUGGGUGAAGAUAUCAAAGGUGCUGUGAUAAAGACUCAACCUGUCAAAUUCAAGCCCAGGCGGAAGGAAGAUGGUGAGAGGUCGCGGUGUGUGUACUGCAGGGACAUGUUCAACCAUGAGGAGAAUAAACGGGGUCAAUGCCAGGAUGCUCCAGACCGCGUCAAGACUUGCAUCCGUCGAGUGAGCUGUAUGUGGUGUGCAGACACUAUGCUCUAUCACUGUAUGUCUGAUUCAGAAGGAGACUAUAUAGAUCCUUGCUCGUGCGAAACCAGUGAUGAAAUGUUUUGCCUCCGGUGGAUGGCCCUUAUCGCCUUGUCUUUCAUUGCUCCAUGUAUGUGCUGUUACUUGCCGCUUCGGGCUUGUUACCACUGUGGGGUCAUGUGCAGGUGCUGUGGUGGAAAACACAAAGCUGCUGGAUGACUACAGAUGUAUUCGAAGUGUUACGUUUUUCCUGUAGUUCAAGGAACACGUUGGUUUUGGAGCACUGAGAUCACUCAUUUUGAUGCAGCCACUGUGCCCAGCAGCAUCCAGAAACCACCAGUUUGGAUCAUCUUACAUUUGGUCGUCAGGGGCUCACACUGCAUUGAUUUGCUCAUCAAGUGUUCUAACUAACUAACCUACAGCAUAGACUUUUGUAUUAUUAAUCUGUAAUCAAAACAGACUGUCUUGUACAUUUUUUUAAAAUUUUUUUUUUUUUUUCAGUUAAAAUGAGUUUGAGGAAAGAACUGCUUUAAAUGGUGGUGGAUUGUAGAACAUCUCCAGGUUGUGUCCGUCUUGCCUCCGCUUGUGCGGUACCAUCAGCGUGUUAGCAAGCUUUGGCGUUUAUAGAAACGGGGUGGUGUAGUGAAUGAAAUCUCACUUGGAAGAUACUUGCCAUCAAGUUAUUGUGUGUGUAUAGAAGGUGUGCUAGUAACAAACUUGUACCACAACACAGUAUUUCUGUCACUGGUUUUCUUUGGGGUUUUUGUUCUGUUUUCCAAAGCCAAAAUAGCCAUCUAAACUGCAGUUUCUCUUCUAGAGUCCAUCGUCAUUUCCUUCAGCAAACAUCUGAAAUUAUUUCUCUGUUCGUAAAGCUCUGUGAACAGAAAGCAAGGCUCAGUUACCAUAGUCACAUAACCAUUGAGAAUCUGGUAGUUCUCCUUACCUGUAAUCAUUUCAGACCACUACUUGAAAGGGAAACUUAAAUUUUAGGGUUUUCUUUUUUCCCUAAAUAACAUUGGAAAAAUAAAACUGUGUUUUCAGAGUUCUGCCCAAAAGAAAGGGAACUUUUUCAUUAGCCAGCCAUGUAAUGAUCUGUGAAUAAAACACUAAGGUUCCAGAUGAGGAAAAUUGUUUUUAUGCAAAGAAUUACUACCAAUGCAACGUCAAAAGCACUAUUGUGGGGAAAUGCUGCAUUAAGUGGUGGAUUAUAUGGAAAAUUGUAUUUGUUUGUUUGUUUUCUGUAUAAUACAUGAGCAUGAGAACAUACGCAUCCACAGUAGAAACUACAUUUAGCAAUCUAGACAGGUUUUUAAAAGCAAAAGCCAGGAUGAUAACCACCACUUCCAUUUUUUGACCUGCGGUCCCAAUCCUCCAGAUGCUUACACAUGUCUCGAUGUAUCGCGCAUGCAGCCAGCGUUCCUGUGAGUCUGUGCGUAGGAUUAAGCAUGUGAGUCUUUGCAGGAGCCAGACCGAAGUGUCUCCCUGGCUUUCCCCUCCCCAGUUCACCACCCAGAUUUAUCAAGUGGAUGCAUAAGGUGCAUACAGCAGGAUAAGAUUACUUUAAUUUUUUUUUUUAUUUUUUUAAUGUCAUGUUGUCUUGUGUACAAGGCUUGUAAUUAGCUUGGAAAAAGAGUAUUUUUCUAAUAUAUUACAAGGAAUAGCCAAAUAAUUUUUAUUAAAAAAAAAAAAAAAAGAUUUAGCGCAGUGAGCUCUAACUAGCAUAGUACAAUCUGAAUACUUUGAGGCAGCUAGGGAUUGGCUUGUCAAAGCUGGCACUGCUGUUCCUGCCAUAAUUUCUUUCUGCAGUAAAUUGCCAGUGGGCGCAUGUCCUUUCCCUCCCUCUAUUGCACAUUGACAUCAGUCUUAAAAGAGAGGAUUUUUUUUUUUUUAAACUAUUAAUUUGCCAAAUAAAUGUAAAAGGAACGCUUGCCAUUCUUUCUUGGUGGAAUGUCCCAACGGUUCCUCUGAGAGUUAAUCACAGCUUUUUUAGUCAACCAUGAAUUAAGUAUGCAAUGUGCUUAUACACUAUAGAGUUUGGUAGGCUUAAUUUGUAGCAGUUGCUGGGGAUUUUUUCAGUUGGGAAAAAAAAUGAAUGAUAGUGGAAAAGGGAUGGAGUGUUACACUCUGGGUGAUAUGUCUGGGUUUGCUGAAUGAAAUAUAAAUAUUUUGUGCCUAAUAGCAGUUGACAAAUCUCUCAAUGGUGUCUACUAAACAUCAAGCCAGCCUCGGGAAAAAAAAAGAGAAUUAAUGGAACAACCUUUUCCUUUUAUUUCUGUUCUCAAAGUUGUUUCAUGUAAACAAACGUCUGUAAGAUCAUCUCUCUAUAAAGCACAACACUACAAAAAGAUCUUACAGCUUUUUGUCCGGUCUUGAAGUGCCCCUAUUUAUUUAAGCAAAGUAGACAUACUCCAAGCCUUUCCGUAUGUCUGGAACUAAAAAUUAAAAAAAAAAAAAAUCCCUCUUUUUAUUUUUUUUUCUUCCCCUCCUCCUUCCUCCCUCUUCUCUUGGGUUUUUGUAAUACUUGUAGAUUUUGCUGCGUGUGUUAUUUGGUUUGUGAAGGCAGUGGUGUAAGGGCACAAUGAUAGAAAUGGGUGUUUUUUUGUAAAUAUUUCUCCUUAAUUUCCACACUGCUGCUGAACAGUGUGUAGCGUUCUCCCAGUCAGCUUUGCAAUACUGACAUCAAUCAUUUGAGAGAAAUUAUUCAGAUUUUAUUUUUGUAUCUGUGGUAACAAAACAUUAACCAAAAUUUUUUUUUUCUAUUGUGGAAAGGGUUUUUUUGUGUUGGGGUUUUUUUUUUGUUGUUUUUUUCCAAGCUAUUGCUCACGUUAACAAAUUAAAGUGCCUGAAGCCUCAUCAUUAUUGUAUCUAUAUACUAAAACUUAAAACCCUGUUGUAUUGAUUUUUAUAAGCCUUUUUACCUCUGUGUAAAAAAAAAAAUAUAUAUACAAGUGUAUGAUGUACAUUUUAGUUCUUAACUUCUUUUUUUAUUGUUUCUAAUAUGUACGAUCAGUGUAGCUAUUGCUUUAAAAUGUACCAUGUAAAUAUAAAUACAUCAUAUCAAAAUGA